AUGCUGUUGACCCGACCCACUGCUUCACAAUCAAUCCAGCAACAUCAGCAACAGCAACAACUUGAUCAAUAUCAUCACUCCAAUCUACUCCAACAGCAUCAGACACAACCCCAGCACUUCUACCCUCACUCGAUCGAUUUCGACUUGGAAACCUCCUUUGACGACGCUGUUCCCGAUCUCACCUCGUCGAGUAUUUCCUCGUCUCCGCUUUCGACUCAAUCUUUACUCUCUUGCCAUUACUCCCUGGCAAACAACUCGGCAAGCCUUGCAAGCUACGAAACGUCCCGUUUGGCCGUCCCAAGACGAUCAGCGACAACCGCUUCUGGCCUCGAAGACUCUGCGUUCAACCAUAACCACCAGUAUAGCCUCAUGCAGUCGGACGCUUGGGUACUCGGGAAUCAGUACGCUUCCAAGACCAUUGGUCGACUACCCCAUCAGCGGGAGUCAUCUUUAUCCUCACUCGGUUCCGCCGGUCCCGCGUCACCCUUCAGCCACAACACAUCGAACCCUCAAAUCGCGGUUACAGAUUCGACACCCGACGGUCUGUACGAUAUGCAGGCCCACGACGGUAAUGCUUUCUACCAAUUGUCCAACAAGCCAAUGGCAGUGUCUCACGACAACAUGUACCCCAAUUACAACGGAUUGCAGAAUAUAUCGUCAGAUGUGGCCGGCUACGCCUCGGCUAUGAACGUUCAACGACCACGCUCCGACCGCGGGUUAUUACCCGCGCCUGAACUUUCCAUGGCGGGCAGCAGGUCCCAUCCAAACUCUGUAGCAAGCUCAAUUGCCGGGGAUUCACCCGCAACACCAUCACAUCUCGAUCAUGAAGAUGACAGGCGGCGGAAAGCUGCUAUGAACAAAGGCUUAUACAACGUUUGCGACGUAGUGUUCAGCAAUGUCCCCAAAUUGGACCGCACAAUGACAGACAUCUACAAUGAUGAACUGUACAGCCCAAACUUCACCAUCACCUCUGCAGCUCCGACUCAAACCCAGUUGGCUGUAUCGCCUAGUAAUGACGUGUUCGCGCAACGACUUAGCGCUGCAAACAACCAGCACCUGAGUGCAGCACAAUCGCCAGUAUCUAGCGUUUCACGCGAUCGUUCGCCAUUCCGCCAGGGCUCACCUCUGGCGCCUAUGCCCAGCCAUGACUUUGGGGGAGGUGUUCAGGCCUCUCGUCUACGAUUCAACUCGGCCCACCAUAUUCGGGAACAGAAGAAGGCGGAGCAAGAUGCACAAAUCAUGCGACAACAAAUGUCUGUAAAGUCAGAGCCCGACACCCCGAAAACAAUCUCGCCUAAGGAUGCGAUGCUCGAGUUUCACGACGGUGAUGCCGAAUCAUCAUUCUCGCUCUUUCCAUCCCAGGAGACGGUGGAUUUCGAAGACAUUGCAAAGGCGGUGGCCACACAAGACCAGCAGGUCAACUUUGCUAGGUCUGCCAUGCAGAAUGGGACAGCUUUCUCAUAUAUGCCAGGCCAGCUUCAGACUGCUGUCCACAUCCCACAGCAGUAUCCAUUCAUCGCCCACCCACGGCAUUCUCAUGAGCAGAUUCCUCGGCUUAGCUCUGCCGAGUCAAGCACCGGGGGAUCUGAUGCUACUUCGACUUCCAACGCGACACCGAUAGCCAAGCCUGUUGGUGCUGCUGCAGACAGCGGAACCUACACUUGCACCUACCACGGGUGCACGAUGCGAUUCGAAACUCCUGCUCUGCUACAAAAGCACAAGCGAGAGGGUCAUCGGCAGACUCAGGGUAUUGGAGGACCUAGAAGGCCCGAAGCAGUUGCCACAUCUCCCGACAGCAUACUCAACAGCCAAGCCGGCCCUCAUCGUUGCGAUCGUAUCAAUCCUAGUACGGGUAAACCGUGCCAUACCAUAUUUUCACGCCCGUACGACUUGACCCGUCAUGAGGAUACCAUUCACAACGCGCGGAAGCAAAAGGUGCGCUGUAAUCUUUGCACCGAGGAGAAGACGUUCAGUCGCGCCGAUGCACUUACGCGACACUACCGUGUCUGUCAUCCAGAUGUUGAAUUCCCAGGCAAGCACCGACGCCGUGGGCACAACGUUUAG